GGUGUGUGUCGGCCAACAAACAGGUGCUUUCAAUCGUCCCAAUUAGUAACCAUACCCUGGUAGGUGGGUAUAAAGGUUGGAGUCUGUAUCCUAACCAAAAUAGCUAGCAUUCCCACUGCUAAACACUAGUCCUGCCUGGUUUACGCGUGUUUGAGUAGAUAGAACACAAUGGCCUCCGCUGGUCUCCAGAUUCUGGGCAUUGCCCUGGCUAUCAUCGGUUGGAUCGGUGACAUCAUAAUCUGCGCGCUCCCCAUGUGGAAGGUGACUGCUUUCAUCGGCAAUAACAUCGUAACCGCGCAGAUCUUCUGGGAGGGCCUGUGGAUGAACUGUGUGCUCCAGAGUACGGGCCAGAUGCAGUGUAAGGUCUACGACUCCAUGCUGGCAUUACCUCAGGACCUCCAGGCCGCCAGGGCUCUGGUCGUCAUCUCCAUCCUCGUGGCCGUGAUCGGCAUUCUGCUCUCCAUUGCUGGUGGGAAGUGCACAAACUGCAUCAACGACGAGGCGGCCAAGUCCAAGGUGGCCAUCGCAUCCGGUGUGUUCUUCCAGGUCGCCGGCAUCCUCUGUCUGAUCCCGGUGUCUUGGUCCGCCAACACCGUCAUCAGGGACUUCUACAACCCGCUUCUCACCGACUCGCAGAGGAGAGAGCUGGGCGCGUCGCUAACAAUGAGCCGACAGAUCCUUGCCUUUGUCCUGGCCUUCAUCGGGUUCAUGGGGACCAUCGUGAUCUGUGCCCUGCCCAUGUGGAAGGUAACAGCCUUUGUCGGAGCCAACAUUGUCACUGCCCAGGUGUUCUGGGAAGGGUUAUGGAUGAACUGUGUUAUCCAGAGCACGGGCCACAUGCAGUGUAAAGCCUACGACUCCCUCCUGGCCUUGCCCCAGAACCUGCAGGCUUCCAGGGCUCUCAUCUGCGUCUCCAUUGGGGUCAGUGUGCUCGCCAUCGGGCUGACUGUAGUUGGGGCACAGUGCACCAACUUCCUCCAUGACGACUGGCUGGCCAAGUCGAAGGUUGGCAUUGCGGCAGGCGCGGUGUUCAUGGCAGCGGGGGUGUUGUGUGUUAUCCCCGUAAGCUGGUCCGCUCACACAAUCAUCCAGGGCUUCUACAACCCUCUGGCCACCCAGGAGAGGAGAGGGGAGCUGGGGGCGUCCAUCUACGUGGGGUGGGUGUCUGGAGCUCUGCUCAUGAUCGGAGGGGGGAUGCUCUGCAGCACGUACAGGUGCUGAGGAGGGAGAGGAUAUCAAAUGCUGGCCUUGUCCUGGAUGGAUGAGGGAAGGAAUGGAUAAGGGGAGGAAGGGAGGAGAGAGAGGGCUUAAAACAUUGUAUGUUUGAGGAAGAGAGAGGAUAACACAUUCUCUCCUCACUACCUUAAAGACAUGCCUAAGUCUGGGAUGAUUUAGUCCACAUUGCUCCCACCUAGAUGAUUUUCUUGUGUGGAGAUGUAUUAGGUGAGGCCUGUAGAUUAACUGUGUAGUAACUGUAUGGUGAAAUUUACAGGACAGGUGCAGUGACUGCAUCCCAAAUGGGACCCUAUACCCAAAAUAGUGCACUACUUUUGAACUGAGCCCUAUGGGCCCUGGUCAAAAGUAGCGCACUAUAUAGGACAUAGGAUUCCAUUUUGGAUGCAACCUCCUCCAUCACCCCAGACAGGGGUAUGCAGCAUCAGAGAGUGUUCCAUCACGGCUGUUUGUGGAGGUCAGAUAGAGGAGUAGUUCUGAGUGAUGUUUUAACAUGUUUCUUAUAUUGAUUGUAAAAAUAAAAAAAAAGAAGGAAAAAAAGAAUGCUUGACAAUGAGAGACUGGUAUCUGCUGGACAGCUCUUUAUUCACCAGCCUAAUCAGAGAGUUUUAAACAGAGUACACAGAUACACUGCUAUAUGACUGAAUCCAUGCAAAAUCAUGCAGGGUAAGGUGAGACGGUACCCCUGAGAUACAGUAUAUGACUGUACAGUAUAUGUGACGGAGAUCAGACUAGGUCAGGUUAAAUCAGACUCAGGUAAGAUCAGAAUAGGUCAGGAUAGAUCAGAAUCAGGGUAGAUCAGACUAGGUCCGACUCAUGUUAGAUUAGACUCAUGUUAGGUUAGAUCAGACUAGGUCAGGUUACAUCAGAAUCAGGUUAGAUCAGACUAGGUCAGGUUAGAUCAGACUAGGUCAGGUUACAUCCGAAUCAGGUUAGAUCAGACUAGGUCAGGAUACAUCAGAAUCAGGUUAGAUCAGACUAGGUCAGGUUAGAUCAGACUCAGGUUAGAUCAGACUAGGUCAGGUUACAUCCGAAUCAGGUUAGAUCAGACUAGGUCAGGAUACAUCAGAAUCAGGUUAGAUCAGACUAGGUCAGGUUAGAUCAGACUAGGUCAGGUUACAUCCGAAUCAGGUUAGAUCAGACUAGGUCAGGAUACAUCAGAAUCAGGUUAGAUCAGACUAGGUCAGGUUAGAUCAGACUCAGGUUAGAUCAGACUAGGUCAGGUUACAUCAGAAUCAGGUUAGAUCAGACUAGGUCAGACUCAGGUUAGAUCAGAAUAGAACAGACGUGUUCAGGUUAGAUCAGACUCAGAUUAGAUCAGACUAGGUCAGGAUAGGUUAGGUCAGGUUAGAACAGACUAGGUCAGGUUAGAUCAGACUCAGAUUAGAUCAGACUAGGUCAGGAUAGAUCAGGUUAGGUCAGGUUAGAACAGACUAGGUCAGGAUAGAUCAGGUUAGAACAGACUAGGUCAGGAUAGAUCAGGCUAGGUCAGGUUAGAUCAGACUAGGUCAGGUUAGAUCAGACUCAGGUUAGAUCAGACUAGGUCAGGAUAGAUCAGGUUAGAACAGACUAGGUCAGGUUAGAUCAGACUCAGAUUAGAUCAGACUAGGUCAGGAUAGAUCAGGUUAGGUCAGGUUAGAACAGACUAGGUCAGGAUAGAUCAGGUUAGAACAGACUAGGUCAGGAUAGAUCAGGCUAGGUCAGGUUAGAUCAGACUAGGUCAGGUUAGAUCAGACUAGGUCAGGAUAGAUCAGAAGUAAUAAAAUGCACUUGGUCUUUGAUCAAAACCUAAAUCUGAUAUAGAUCAUGUUAAGGAAAUGAAUAAUGAUUGUAAUGAUGAGUCGUGAUGAACAACAUUAUCAAUAAACUGCUUUCCUACA